ACCAUUAUCUAUUAAUAAAUUUUAUGACAGUUUUCAAUUUUUGAAAACUGGCUACGCUCAAACCAUUGUUAUUUUAAAUUAAAUCAAACUCAGUAUCCAAAAUAAAUUAACUACCGAAAGUUUUGAAUCUAUGUAAAAUGGAAUUUCAUAAUACCCUUCUUAAAAGUGGGAUAACCGCUAUACAAAGUGUCCAAACCACAUUUGCAAAUCAUGAGGAAUCUAUACUUUCCGCUUCACACCUUGGACAUCCCGAUUAUGCUUUGAGUAUACUUUUUCCAAUUUUAGCUGCAUUUGAUACAAAGUUAGCUGGAGAAGUUUUCUUCAGUGGUAUUGUCGCCGAUUGGAUUAAUGCAAUUUUAAAAUGGAUAUUCAUGGAAGAUAGACCAUAUUGGUGGGUACAUGAAACAGACGUUUACGGUAAAUUAACAAGACCAGAAAUUAAACAAACAUCAGUAACAUGUGAAACAGGUCCUGGUUUUCCAUCAGGACAUUUAAUGAGUACAGCAUCGGUACUUUUUGCAAUAACACUUUUUUCAGCCAAAAAGAAACCACGACUUAGUUAUAUACUAUGGACCUUAUAUUUAGUUGCAUUAAUUGCGGUUUCAUUGUCUAGAAUGUUUGUGGCUGCACAUUUUCCACAUCAAUGUGUAGUUGGCGCAUUUCUAGGUUACAUAGUUGCUCGGUCAUUGUCAGAUUGUGGUGGAUAUUUUUCAAAAUGGAAACAAUGUUCUCGUAUAAAAAUGUUAGCAAUUACAAGUACUAUGUUAGGAAUUACUUUUGGGGUUUAUUGGGCACAAAAAGGAUUAGGAUUUGAUCCACAGUGGUCAGUAAAAUUGGCAUUUAAAUGGUGCCAAAAACCAGAAAAUAUUCAUGUUAGUUCGACACCAAUAUAUUCUCUGGUAAGACUCUUAGGUUCAGCGUAUGGAAUCGCAAUGGUAUCACCAAUUAAUAUCCGAAUUCGCCCGGAAGGAAUCUCACCAACAAUUGGUAUUGCAGUAACACUCUUCUGUUGUGGAGUUUUACGAUACAUUGAACAAUUGAUACCCUCACAAUCGGUUGUACAAUUUUAUGUAUGCCAUUUUGUGAUUGCAAUGAUGUACCCAAUAUGUUUAUUAGCGUUAAUACCAAAAGUUGCCGCUGUAAAAUCUAAGAAACCAAAGAGACAGUGAAGA